GAAGACAUAAGUGCAAGAUGUGAAAGCUUUAAAAAUAACAAUGACUUGAACUGUAAUUAUUACUGGGAGAAAUCAUUUUGCAAGAAGACAUGCAAUUUAUGCACUGACAACGGAGAUGCUGAAAAGACUGGUCCAUUCCUGGAUCAGCUACAGACCAAUGCAGAAGAGAAACGCCAAGAAUCAGAAGUUUGUGAGGACGAGAGUCCUGACUGUCUUAAAGCCAAGGUUGCUAACCGUCUGGACUGUGGAUCUUCUACAACGAAACGAUUCUGCAAGAAGACCUGCAACAUUUGCGGCGAUGGUGGGACUAUUUGUGAGGACGAGAGUCCUGACUGUCUUAAAGCCAAGGUUGCUAACCGUCUGGACUGUGGAUCUUCUACAACGAAA